AUGGAAGAAUUCAACGCCGACGCAGUUUUCAAAGAACAACAAGAAGCCUGUACAAAAUUCUUUCGCGACAACCUCCCCAAAGAUGUGCCUGAGCCAAUGCCAGAGGAUAAAAGGCCCAAGAAUACGAAGAAGUUCAAAGGUCCUGUCUAUGAUAUAACAGGAUUUGAUGCUGAAAACGUUGUCGCACUCCUCUCUGACAUUGUCAACGAUAAGGAACAAUUUAAGACUAACAAGACCUUUUACCUGCUGUUACAAAACAGCCAUGACUCAAAGCCGGAUGACGAGAUAGAGGAGCUCUUCAGACUCAAAGCAAGGCCUAAACCAAAACCAACCUGGCAAUGGCAUCGUGUUUCUACGUCCGACAGGAAAGAAGAAGUUUACUCAAUACGCAAAAAAGUACGAUGA